UCUACAAUUGUACCGUAAUAAUAACCAAGGUUACUGACGACAAUCAACAACCAUCAUCAUUAAAUUAGCUACCUUUUCAUCAUCAUCUUCAAUCUCAUCAUCAUCAUCAUGAUUAUCCCUCUUUCCAUGAUUUAAUUUAUCACCAGAGUUGAAAUGAAACUCAAAGGCUCCUUUGUUAAUCAUUGUAAAGUGUUUACUUUAUUUACCAUUGGAUUAAUGUGUUUAUCAUCUUGAUAUACAUUUAAUCACAAUUUAAUUUGAUCAUCAUCUACUUAUUAUUACCAGUUGAUUAACCUUUUUUACUUUUUCCCAUUAGUAGUUUAAUUAACCAUCAUAAUUAUUAUCAUCUUCUUCCUCCUCCUUCAUCAUCAUCAUCAUCAUCAUCAUCUUAACUAGGUCUUAGUUUUAAUUGUAAUUAAAACGAUGAUUUUAGGAUUAGUGGUUGCGAAUUGUUUUAAUCCAAUUUCAUUUUUAAUUAUCUGUUUAACUUUAUUGUCCAGAUUGAAUAAUAUAAUCACUGAAUCUUGUGAUGAUCGUUUCAAUACCGAGAUUAAAGGUAAGUGUUCAUGUUUCAAUGUUCUUGAUGAUCAUGGUGAUGUCCUUGGUUUGGGUGUUGAAUGUUCAGAGACAACGGGAAGUGACCUGCACCGGGACAUCGAUGAGAUACAUUUUGAAUCUUCUACCCCAAUAGUUCAUCUUAAAGUUCGUGAUUCUAAUCUGAAAGAUAUGACUGAUCUUCCAAGUGGACUUGUUGAUAUUCGUUGGCUUGUUCUGGAUAAUACAUCGAUUGACCUUCAUGUUAUCAGGGAAUCAGCUGAGAUUCUUGGUAAUCUUGAUAGUCUUAAAUUGUUCAAUGAAAAUUACACCCUGGUACCUGAAAAUGUUUUCCAUGACGGUAUGAAUGGACUUCAAACCCUUUGGCUGAACGAUAUUGGCAUUUACAGUAUUUCUCGGGCCGCUUUUCAUCAUCUUGACGAUUCCUUGGUUGAAUUAUCACUUCGAGAAAAUAAAUUACGGUCAAUCCCUUUAGCAAUUAUCGCUCUCAUGAAGAUUGAAAUUCUUGAUUUAACCGACAAUGAGAUUCAAUCGGUUUCCGAGGGAUUGGCCAAUGAUCUUUCUCGAAGUCUCCAUCGGGUUCGAAAAAUUAUGUUAAACAAAAUUAAUUGUACCUGUAAUUUUGCUAAAUCGCGAUUCGCCCGUUGGAUCCGUGAGAACGCAAUUAAAGGCGUUGAAUGUGGUUACCCGAUACGAUUUAAGGACCACGAUGUUUGGUCAACACCAAGUGAAGAGUUUUGUAGCUCAGGAUCAUCAUCCGUGAUUAAUUUACCGUUAAUCACGUUAAUCAGUUCAUUGUUAGUGAUUAAAUUGCUGUUUUUCACCUGAAAUAAUGAGAUAAUUCUGAUUGAUUCUGUAAAAAUUAAGACACAAUUUAUAUUCACCAAAAUAUUUACUUUUCCCUUCUUGCUAAUUGUUGUCAAUAUUUAACCUAAACAGCAUUUAAAUACAAUAUUGUAAUUAUCAUCAUCAUCAUCAAGUUAAGACCAAACAAUUUAAUUUGUUUACUUUUUAAGUUAACCAAUCUAAUCAAAUCAAUUGAUUGUUGUACAAUUUUUUCAAUCUUUAUAAAGAUUUUAUUAUAUUUUUUA